ACCUAGUAUAACAAGCAGACAAAGAAACAGAUAAUGAAUGAAUUACGAUAAUUCGUUUUGUGAUAUUUCGCACACACGUGAGACACAAGCGUUACAAAAAGACCAAUAGGAUAUUGGGACUGUCAGUUCCGGCCUCAGAAAUGGUUAGGAGCCAUUGCGUAAGGACAGAAUCACAGAGAACAGCCAUCAGGACACUGACCGCAACCGAGGAGAGGAAGCCCACUGAAACAGUCACUUUUAACAACAUGGAAACGGUAUCAUAUGACCGGUUUAGCACAAUUGAGGCAGAAAUUAAUCAGGCUGGCCAAAAAUGUAUAUAUCAAUCAGGUAGACAGAAAAGAAAGAUGUACAUUCUAUAUGGAGUUCUCAUCCUCUAUGUGUUUAUACUCACUCUGGCUCUAGGAAUUAAAAUCUCUCAGGUCAGCCGAGAUGUCGCCGAUCUGAGAGUUUUGCUGAAGUCCUCCGAAACAUUUGAAAAUGCUCAUUUCUCUGAACGUGUGAUGGCGGUGCAAGGUCCCUGUCAGGAAGGCUGGGUGUUUUAUGAAGACUCAUGCUAUUUUCAGUCUUCAGUGAAGAAGAACUGGCAAACUGCUGAGAAAAACUGCGUAGAGAAAGGAUCGCAUUUAGUGGUUGCCAAUAACCUGGCUGAGAUUGACUUCCUGUCUUCAUUCGUGAAGUUGUCUGAUAGCUACUGGAUCGGGCUUGUUGAGAAAGAAGAGGGACAGUGGACCUGGGUAGAUGGAACGGACUUUAGUGCUACUGAACACCACUGGGACAUGGGUCAACCAGAUGACUGGGAUGUCAGAGUGAACGGUGAAGAUUGUGGGCAGCUUCAUGCCCGGAUAACUGUGGAAGGACGGAGGCUGUGGAAUGAUGCAGACUGUACCCUUCCUUACCCUUACAUCUGUGAGGGCAAACCCAAGAGCCACUGACAAACAUCAACUAACUUCCAACAUUGCAAAAAUCAUUUCUUUGGUCCCUUUUUUUCCAGUAAAAAUAUCUGAACAUCCUUAAAACAAGAUAUAUUUAUUUGAGAACCAAACUUUAGAUGUGUGUAUUGAACGAAUGUAUGAAUUGGAAGCUGAAUUGAUGUUGUUGGUGGUUUUUUUUCUUUUUCUAAAUUUAAACAGCAGAACAUUUUAUGCUUAAACAAUUCACUAGUGGGGAAAAACAAAUAUCACUUCAUCACUUCAAGGUAAUGUGUCUUUCAUCUAAAAAACUAAUGUGAAUGACUGGUUUUCCUGCAGGAUUACAACAAUUUAAGUAUGUUUAAAUUAAAUACUUUAAGUAUGUUUGUUUAAUUUAUUAGAAGUUAUAUUAUGAUUCUGUUUCAGUAAUUGCAUACAUUUUUUUUAAACCAUGCACAUCUUGUUUUAAGCGCAAACCACCGAUUGGAAGAAAAUACAUUUUAAAAAUGAAAUAAGAUAUACAUUUUUUAAUGGUUUGUUAUGUUCCUGCCUUAUGUUAAACUGCUUUCAAUUACACCAUAAUGCAAAAGCACAAACACAACUGUCUACUUUGUAAAUUCUUUAAAAAAAAUGAAAUAAAAUGAAAAAAGUACAUUGCAUAACUAUUCAUACCCUUAAAUUAGCACUUAGCUGAAGCAGCUUUAAAGUCUCAAGUCUUUUUGGUUAUGAAGUGACAAGCUUUGCUCUUCUCUCCUCUUCACCUCACAAGCUCUGUCAGGUUGGAUUGGGGCAGAUGCACAUUUUCAAGUUUCUCUAGAAAUAUUUGAUUGGGUUCAGUCCCAGGAUCUGGCCGAGCCACUCCAGGACAUUGACAGAGUACUUUAUAAGCCACUCUUGCUGUGUGCUUAAGGUCAUUGUCUUGUUGGAAGGUUAACCUUCUGCCCAGUCUGAGGUUCUAAAUGCUCUGGACUGGUUUUUCAUUAAAGUUUUUGAAAGGGUUUUCAUUAUCUCAGUAUUUUGGUUCAUUGAGCUUUUCUUCGACUCUAACAAGUCCCUCAGUCCUUUCCACUAACAGCUCCACAGCAUAAGGCUGCUAACAGCCCAAUUUACUUUUCACGUUUCCUUCAUAUAUGAUGCUUGGAAUUGAGGUUCAUCGGACCAGAGAAUCUUGUUUCUCCCAGUCUGAGGGUCCUUUAAGUGCUCUUUUUGCACAUUCCAUGUCUUCGCUGAGCAGAGGAUUGACUUUUGCCACAAACUCACUGCCAUAAAGCUCAAAUCAGUGAUGUUUGUUCUUCUGUAGAUUUCUCCAAAUAUGAUCAUGAAGCUCAACAAAAGUGACCAUCAGGUUCUUGGUCACCAGUCUAGACAAAGCCCUUCUCUCUCAAUUGCUCAGUUUGGCCAGGAGGCUAGAUCUAGGAAGAGUCCUGGUUGUUUUAAAUAUGUGUGGCUUAAUGCAAUCCUGUUUCUGAGCUCUACAGGCAGUUUUUUUACUACCUCAAAACAUAACUAUUCGAUUAAAUGUGCCACUCAAAGUGUAGUUGAUAUGGGUAUGAAUACUUUUGCAAUAGAAUAGGUUUUUUUUUUCAAUGUAUUUGCAAAGAUGUUAAAACAGUUUUUUUUUCUUUCACAUUAUGGUGUAUGAAUUCUAUCACAAGAAACUGUAUUCUCCGAAGUCUUAGUAUCUAACACUACAUAUAUAACUAUGUUUACUGGAAAAAAAAGACUAAUAAUUUUUAAAAAGUAAUACUUUAAUUGCAUGAAUAAAUUAACAUAUAAGAUCAAA